CUCCCCUUUUAAUAAAAUUUCUAAAUUCUAAGCUAUCACUACCACUAUGGAGCUUACCAAGUUUCUUUCUUUCCUCGCAGCUGUGCUGCCCGUUGCCUAUGGUGCUCCUACCCAGGCUGUCAACGAACUUCAUCCCGAUAUCCUCGCUGCUAUGCAGCGGGACUUUGGCUUGAAUGCUGAACAGGCCACUGCUCGUGUUGCUCAGGAUAUCCAGGCCAGUAGCCUCAUUGAGAAGCUCCGCGGCUCGGCCGGCCCCUCCUUUGCCGGCGGUUGGAUCGAUGGCGGCAAGGCCGUUAUUGGUGUAACUGAUCAGGCUAUGGCUGACCAGAUUACCGCCCAAGGUGGUGUUCCUGUUGUUAUGAAGACUCCUCUUGCCAAGCUCGAGGCCGCCAAGACCGCCAUUGACAACAUCUUCCUGGGCGGCGGCGCCAAGCGCAGUGCCAAUGACGCCGUUGCCGCCUUCUAUGUCGAUGAGGCUGCAAACAAGGUCGUUUUCGAGGCCCUUGCUUCAGGCCACGGUCAGGCUGCCGAUCUUGCCAAGCAGGCUGGUCUUGAUGCUUCCCAAUAUGCCAUCAAGACUGUCUCGGAGAUGCCCACAGUCAGAAUCACCAUUAAGGGUGGUGAUGCCUAUCACAUCAACAACCAGUUUGUUUGCUCUGUCGGUUUCUCCGUUAACGGCGGCUUCGUCUCCGCUGGCCACUGCGGAAAGAAGGGUGCUGAUGUCGAGACGACCUCCGGCGCUCAUCUCGGCACCUUUGCCCAGUCUGUUUUCCCUGGUAACGCCGAUAUGAGCUACAUCAAGACUAUCGCGGGUACCAAGCUUACUGGCUAUAUCAACGGCUAUGGCCAUGCCGACUACCCCGUCCGUGGUCACCAGGAGUCUGCUGUUGGCGCAAGCGUCUGCCGAUCCGGCCAGACCACCGGUGUCCACUGCGGCACCAUUCAGAGAAAGAACGCCACCGUUAACUACGGUGCUGAUGGCUCCGUCACGGGUCUCACUCAGACCAACGCCUGUGCCGACCAUGGUGACUCGGGCGGCGGUUGGUUCUCCGGUACUCAGGCUCAGGGUGUUACGUCUGGCGGCAGUGGUAACUGCAAAGGCGGUGCGGCCACUACCUACUUCCAGCCCGUCAACGAGAUUCUCUCGACCUACGGCCUGACCUUGGUUACUGCGUAA